UUCACAUAUUUUCGAAACCACUACCAUCGAUGUCGAACAACGACCACCGAGAGAAAUAAACGAAUUUGUAGAAACAGGAUUCCUAGAGGAACCGAGUACGUUGGAACUGGAACAAGAAAAUAUUAUAGUACCGAAUCAUGAUUUUAUUAUGUUACAACAUAAAUUUCAAACAAUGAAUAAUUAUAGAUUACAAGAAAGAAGAACAAAUUUUGAUAAUAAUGGGGAAUAUAGUG